CUCCUACCCAAGUACACCAUCUCUCUCAAUCCUAACAACCACCCCUACCAAUAACGCCUUCUUUAUAUCUAACAAUUCUAUUAUUAUUAUUCCAUCUCCUGACUCUCUCUGCGCAAUGCCCUCCACCAAGAAAAAUCUUCUUAUUAAAACAGUGAUCACUGCAGCAAAUGCAAGCUGCGGUUGCAUUUGCUGCAGGUCAUCAAAAACUUCAGAUGUACAUGAGCCUAGUGCAGUGCCCAGAUCAACCAAAAAAACCAUUUCCCAGAAGGAUCCUCACCCUUGUAUUUCUUCUUCAAGCUCUUGUGAUAAAAGAGGAAGCUUCUCAGGGGACAAAGAAGAAAGCUGCACUUCCACAAUAACAAACUCUGUAUCUGAUCAUGAAAACGAUCCAAAAAGUUCCAAAAUCGUCAACAGCGUUGCUGUGGUUAAGGACUCUAAUGAUCCAUAUCAAGAUUUCAGGCAUUCCAUGUUGCAAAUGAUCUUUGAGAAAGAAAUCUACUCCAAAGAUGAUCUUCAGGAGCUUCUAAAUUGCUUCUUAGAGCUCAAUUCUCCUUAUCACCAUGGCCUGAUCAUUGAAGCAUUCACUGAGAUCUGGAAUGAGGUCAUCUCCAAGAAGCUCAAGUCACAGAAUUAAUUAAGCCACGUGACUCCUAGCUGUGCGUGAACAUUCGCACGUGCGGCUGGUACCCGUGUCAUUAACAAGUAGGAAACUUCUUGGGCGUUGGUCAAGACGCAAAGCUAAAGCAAUGGGUUUUAGGGAGAAUAAAAUAAUUAAUUAAAUUUGA